AUGUCCAUUUACCGACGAUUGUAUCAAUUUACCGACCAUUACGUCCCUGCUUGUUAUGUUGCGUUUUUGGCUGCCGCCAGUUAUAUGAUUUAUUUGACUUCAUUGAUGAGAUUUUUAAACUGUUUAUUCUUUCUUGUAGGUGUGGCGUUGUUGAGUGGUUCUCCUGAAGAAGACGCCAAGACGAGAAAACAGAAGAAAGCAACAAAUGUAUGUAGUUUUAGCAUCGCUUUACACGAUCCCGGGCUUGGCAUCAUUUACAGGGCUGCAAAUAAAUAUUUGACGUGACAGGACAUUUGUCCGAUCACUUUUAAUUUUGGUCGGACAAAAACCAACAUCACUAAAUUUGGUCGGACAUAUACGUGACAAGAUAUAUAUACACGAGACAAGUUUGUAUAGGCAUUCCGACGCAACGUUAAGUAAAAUGCUAGAAUGCCUUAUUGCAAAAUGCAAAUUGAGUGAAUUUGCAAUCGGAUUUUGUCAAAGCAAAAAAAUGUAUAAUGUGACAAUUUUUUUUGUGAUCGGACCAAUAUCCGAUCAAAAUUACUUUUGCUCGGACAUUUGCCAAAUUUAGUCGAACAUUGUCCGAUGUCCAACAGUAAUUUGCAGCCCCGCAUCAAGCUGAGCUUAGAAGAAUGAGGUCCGUGUAUAUCUGGAGUAAGAACUCGCGUCCGUAGGAUAGCAGAAAUUGACAUCCAGUGCCAUUUUGUCCGCGUGGUUAACAUGAAGUUGCACGGAGUGCCGACUGCCGAAAUUUCUUGUUUUGACUUCCGUUAGAAAAACCUGGAAUUAGCUGGAAAAAUUGCAUGAAAACUGUUUACGACCUUCAUAGAUUUUGGACGUUAAAUUCCGUCGUCUUCACUUCAUUUUUCUCAUAAGUCAAAUCACACAAGUUCUUACUCCAGAUACAUAUACAGUUCAUUUCAUGAUAGUCGCUGUGUGGCUCAUACCUCAACGAAAUAGAUUAGUUUUAUGAUAUACAGGGUGUGUAAAAAAAAGACUGAACAGAUAUGAAAUUGCUCUCAAUUUCGCAAAACAGCUAUUAUUAUCCAGUUUUAUAUAUUUAUAUAUAUAUAUAUAUAUAUAUAUAUAUAUAUAUAUAUAUAUAUAUAUAUAUAUAUAUAUAUAUAUAUAUAUAUAUAUAUAUAUAUAUAUAUAUAUAUAUAUAUAUAUAUAUAUAUAUAUAUAUAUAUAUAUAUAGUGAAACUUUGUUGGGUUUUUAAUUACUGUACAAAAUUUCAGACAAUUUGCUUCAGUUUAAGACCUUGAACUAUUCAUUUUUUCCUAAAAAAUCAGCCUUUCGCAUGCUUAAUUAAUGCGUUUACCUAAUUUGCAUAUUGCUGAAAUAAGCAAAUUAGCCAAACGCUUUAAAAAUGUAAGUUUGCGUGAAUCUUUAACUAUUCACGCAAACUUACAUUUUUAAACUGAAGUAAACAGGCUUAAACUAAACAGGCUUAAACUGAAGCAAAUUUUCUGAAAUUUCGUGCAGCAAUUAAACACCCAACACAUUUUUCACCCAUUAACUCACAAUACGAUUAAAGCUUUUAAAUCUCGUGCGCAAGCAUUUUUAGUUUGUCGGAACCCCCAUCCCCCCCCAGUUUACAAAGUUUGUGUUCGAGAAAUUUUUUUCAUUAUUCUACAUUAUAAGUACCAAAAGAACAUCCAUUAACUCAAAUUACGAUUACAGCUUUUAAAUUUCGUGCGCAAGCCAUUUUUAAUUUGUUGGAAAAAAGUUACCCCCCCCCCCUGGUUUACAAAAUUUGAGUUUGAAAAUUUUUUUCUAUUAUUCUACAUUAUAAGUACCCAAAGAAACUAUAUAUAUAUAUAUCAAAAACUGGAUACUAAUAGCUGUUUUGCGAAAUUGAGAGCAAUUUCAAAUCUGUUCAGUUUUUUUUAUACACCCUGUAGAUUCAGUCCUCGGAAUUCAACAGCCCUGAAAGUAACGGCGACAGUCCGCUUUCAUCGACCAGUACGGUGGUUUUAUGUGUUGUGUUCCUGGUUGUUUUACCAACGAUAAAAGAAAUCCUGAUCUAUAUUCUGUUGUAUAUAAAUGAUAUUCUGUGCUUUUAUUGUUAGUCGCUAAUUCGUUGGUGUUGGGCAGCUGGUUCAUGUAGGUUUUACCUCCUCCUAGAAAAUGAAAACAACACAAUCUAUGGCCUCUGUUUGGAGAGAAAUCUUUACGGGCAAUUGAACUUAUCCCUUUUUUCGAUUCCACAAUUUUACCAUGUGGAAAAUUAUGAAACGAAAGCUCGGGAUUCCUGUUAUUGCUGGUAGGACAACCAGUAACAUAGCACGUAAAACCACAAUUUCUUUACUCGUACUGGUCGAUGGAAGCGGACUGUUGCCGUUACUUCGGGGCUGUCAGACCUCUGAGACCCAUGUAAGAAUUCUCAAGUGGUAUAUAUGAAUUUUCUUAUUUGUUGUGUGUUUCAGGAUGAAAUGAACAAUGAAAUGACAGUUGUACCAAGAAAGAAGCCAGCCGGUAAUUCUGCUGCACAACAUCCACCAGCACACCCCGGGAAAUCUAAAGCUGCUAAAAUGCGUGCUGUGGCACGUGGUGAAAAUACCGCAAGCAGUGGCAAGUCUGAGCAAGAGGUAAUGUUAAAGAUAUUGAAUAUCUAG